AUGGAUGCUUUCACCCCGGAUAUCAUCUUUGAGCCUCUCCCCCAACACUUCAAGGCUCCCACACUGGAAAUGUACGAUGGGACCUCGGACCCCGACGACCACCUGGAGAGUUUCAGAGCGCUCAUGAUACUUUAUGGGUAUUCCGACGUCUUGACGUGCCGAACUUUCCAAGCCACCUUCAGAGGAGCCGCCCAUCAUUGGUUCUCCAACCCCCCGCCUCGGUCGAUUAGCUCAUGGGAGCAGUUCGCCAACCUAUUCCUCGCUCGCUUCAUCAACAACAGACGAUGCUAUAAGAGCGUCGUCUCGCUAAUGUCUAUCAAGCAGAAGCAGGGAGAGAGUUUGCGGUCCUACAUCGAUCGCUACAAAAAGGAAGAGCUCGAGGUCCGUGACCUCAACCCCAUGGUCUCCAUGCAUGCUGCCAUCAAUGGGCUCUCUGGUUCGGCCCUGAAGUGCUUGGUCGCUAAGACCCCGUUGAAGACGAAGCUAGAAUUCCUCAAGAAAGCCCAAAAAUACAUUGCGACCGAAGAGGCUUCAGCUGGGGACCACCAAGAAAGAGAGGUCGAGCGCCCCAACGGGCCCCCUAAGAAGAAGAGGAAGGGCGGAGGCAACCACCACAACAACAACAGCAACAAGGACCUCAAGAAACCACCGGCCUUGGCCCAGGCUUACAGCCAAUAUAUGCCACUCAACUCCACCCGGAUGUAG